CUAGACAACGACCGGGGGAUCGUCUUUCUUGGACCAUGAGCCUCAAGGGUCGCCUUUGGUUGUCAUGGAUGCUCUUUGGCGGGCUAAGUUGUUUGAUAUGGACGCUCAUUGUUCCAAUUCAAGCCUCAAGCAUUCAAAAGCAUCCUCGUCAUCACCAUCCCCGUUCUCAUUCUCACCAUCGCCAUCACAAACAUAACUCGAGUAUUCAGCAUCAUAAUGACAAGUCAAAAAGAUCGCCCUCUAUCAAACAUUCGGGUUGUCAGGACGACAAGGAUUGCAUCCUUGGAACGAUUUGCGUGAAUAGCAAAUGCCUCACGGUGCCUUGCCAAACCCAUGAAAUUUGCCAGAAAUUUGGAGGCGAGUUUGAGCGACAUUGUCAAGAGGAAGUUUGCACCCGGAAGAUCUCGCCUAUCGCUCAGAAACUAACCCGGUCACCUGGAUCUCGAUGUCGGUACAAUGAGGAGUGUUCCCAAAACGAGAUUUGUAUUGGGAGGCUUUGUCAGAGGAAGACUUGCCAUUCGGAUGACGAUUGUCGGGCCUUCACGGAGUUUCCCACUAAAUGUUCCUACGAUGUUUGCACUCCUCAUUGGUGCGAUGACGAUGAGGAUUGUCCCCGGCAUUAUGGAUGCUACGAGGACAGGGAAUGGUCACGAGGAAAUUUCAAGUUUUGCAAGCCUUACUAUGCGGAAUGUGGAGGUGGUAGUAAUUGCGAUUGCGGCCAUUCUGUGCUGCAUUGCGCCCAUGGGAAGUGUUUUUGCAAGGCCAAAGAUAGUACGGAACAAUGUCCCAUGUGCCAUUCCAGUCGGGAUUGUUCAAAUUGUCAGAAAUGCGACGAUCAACUCUGUGUGGAUGACUUUGACAAGAUCUUGGGCGGGGACCCGGAAUGUGUGGGUAAAGUGGAUGGAGUUUGUCAGCCUCUUUGUCCGAAUUGUUGUCAAGAUUCGGAUUGCGUGACUGAAUGUCGGGGAACCAUGUGCUGUGACGGAGAAUGUCACUAUGAGGCUUAUGAGAAAUUGCCCAAUGUGUGCAGGUGCGAGACAUACUGCGAUGACCCUGAUUUUGAAUGCACACCGAUUCCCGUUUUGAAUUUUAAGAAAGUGUGCUUGAGGCGCCAAGAUAUCUGUGAGGUUCCGAACACGACGCCUUCAUUCAGACCCGACAAAAGCAUGGGCACUUCUGAACACAUAUUCGCAACUUCAAGACCAACGACGACAACAACUACCACGCCUCUAACAACAACAACGACUGCCACAAGAACUACUACUACUACAACUACCACUACAACUACCGCUACAACUACCACUACAACAUCAACUACGACGACGACCACCACCACCACCACCACCACCACCACAACAACAACAACAACAACAACAACAACAACAACUACGACGACGACGACAACCACGACGACAACUACUACAACAACUACGACGACAACCACGACGACAACUACUACAACAACAACGACGACGACGACAACAACUCCAGAGUGUGUGCUGGAUCGUGAUUGCCGAGGAUUUUGCGAUUAUUGCCGCGGUAAUAUUUGUUUCACGAAACCUCGAGAGUCGUGCUGUCUCCGCGAUACGGACUGUUCGGGUCUUUGCGACCUUUGCCAAGGCCAUCAGUGUAUUCGUAUGGACCGAAAUGUCUGUUGUCUUUCCAACUCGGAUUGCUCCAGCGUUUGCGAUGAAUGCGUCCACAACAAAUGUCGUCCCAAACCAAGACACGAAUGCUGUGAAUUGGACUCCGAUUGUCGCGGACCCUGCGAGAAAUGUGACCGAAACCAAUGCGUCACUUUGCCAAGAACUGAUUGUUGCAUGGUGGAUGAUGAUUGUCCAGGCCAAUGCCAAGAAUGUCGCAAUCACAAGUGCCACCAGAUAAAAGGAGCCUGUCUCAAGUUCAGCGAUUGCCAAAACACGGAAUAUUGUGACAAUUGCCAAUGCAAACAGAAGAUUUGCGAACAUCAAGCCGAAUGUCCGCCUUGUUCGAAAUGCUGCAUCGUCGACGGGCAAAAGAUCUGCCAAGGUCGGCAAUGUUGCCAACGAGACGGGGACUGCAUUCCAACUGGAUCGCUACCCAUGGUUUGUGACGAUGGGUCAUGUGCCACAGGAUGCGAGCGGAACUUUCAAUGCCACACCUACUCAAAAUGCCACGUGUGCGACAAGUCUUCAGGUAAAUGUCGAGUGGAUCCCAAUAAGCAAUGUUGCAAUACCAACGAUGAUUGCGACCAAUUGCAAGUGUGCAGUCAAGGCGCUUGCGUUCUCCGGCGAUGUCUCGGAAUCUCGGAUUGUCCUGAUUGCUACUUUUGUUGCGUCAACGACGGAUCCUGCGUGGUCGAGAAGGCCAGUGGCCUUUGCUAUCGGAAGCCUUGCUGCAAUCGCGAUUCUGAUUGUGAGGCGAUUGGUAAGAAGUGUAUCAACCGGGUUUGUAUCACGGAGGAAUCCGCGGCAAAAACCCUCCAGCAUUUGGUGACCAAGAUCCAUGCCUUGAAAUGGACCACUUCCGAGCCACGGACCGCGCGACCUUUUCGACCAGGGUCGGUAUACGACCAACCUCGAGAUUUGGACGUGGUUCAUGAAGUGCAUGCGGAAUCUAUCGAGAGAACCGCUCACCCUCGAAAACACCAUCGCCAAUCGCACUCAAAUAACCCGCGAAACAAGCAUCGGGACAAACAAAAUGAAGCUACUUUGUUGUACGAAUAUUGAUAGGGGAUGAUGACCUUCAAAAUCAACCGCAGUUCCUUGUUGUCGAUAAAACACACCCAUACUCGUCGUAUCAACCAGCAGUAAAAUGUGGCAGGGGAGUCCCAAAUUGA